CGACCAUCCAGUUAGUACUUGAGGGAUUCUCAGAACGACAACGCCCAGAAGCGACCUCCACCGAGUCCACCCGACCACCAGGGUCCGAAGCGAAGCGACAGGCACAAUUCGGUAUUGCCGUCCCGGGAAACCAUUCCUGCAAUCAUCUUCCCUGAUUCCUUCAACUUGUGUGUGUGUGUGUGCGUGCGACUGCGUGAGAGAGACAGAAAGAGCCACCACAUCCCCCCCCCCCCGUCCCCCCGUCCGUCCGUCUUCCUGUGCUAUCUGAUAGGCCACCUCCGGAACCUGCCCAAAAGCGACAACAACCCCCGAGAGCCUCUGCAUUCCCAUCAAUCUUCUGCUUUGCUUGAAAAGGAAAAGAAAAACACAUACAGUACCUCCCCUACCUGACCUUACCGAGCUACCGUAUCUUCUUCUUCCCACUGCCGCAUGAGUGAAUGAUUGUCGUGUGAUUUUGCACAUCAGAGCCACGCAGCCCGCCUCCCCGACCCCCCAUCGUGGACGAUUCGCGUGUCAGCGACGACGCCCACCUCACUUCAGCAACCAUGUCCAAAGCCGCGCCCUUCGAUCACGGCUACCGUACCACCGAGGACACAUAUCGUCGAGGAUCCAAGCCGGCUUUUGGGAAAGAGUAUGAUGGCGACGACGCUCUGCCCGAGGCACCACGCCGAUUGAACUCGGUCGACAGUGCUCCGGAAGAUGUGCUGGCGGCACUGGGAUAUACCCAAGAAUUGGUUCGUAACCGAUCGACCUUGAGCGUGACGUUCAUGUCCUUUGUGCUGGCCUCGGUGCCCUAUGGACUCUCGACCACCUUGCUCUAUCCUCUGACCAACGGUGGUCCCUCGACCGUCAUCUGGGGCUGGUGUCUGGUAUGUGUGCUCAUGCUGGCCGUUGCCAUUUCGCUGGCCGAAAUCACUUCCGUCUACCCUACUGCCGGUGGUGUCUACUACCAGACCUAUAUGCUCUCUCCUCGCUGGUGCCGAUCUUUGGCCGCAUGGAUGACCGGCUGGUCGUUUGUAUUGGGCAACAUCAUCAUCACCCUCUCCGUCAACUUCGGUACGACUCUCUUCUUGGUGGGAUGUAUCAACAUCUUCCAAGGCGACCCAUACUUGGACGAGACGACGGGUGAAAUGACGACUGCUGGCAUCUUCGCCGCCGAGCCCUACCAAAUCUACCUCAUCUUCAUCGCCAUCACUCUGAUUUGCAACGCCAUCUCGUCGCUGCUGAACAAACAUCUUCCUCUCAUCGAUACCUUGACCGUGGGCUUCACCUUUGUCGGAGUUCUCGCCAUCAUCAUCUGUGGACUGGCCAUUGCGAAAGAAGGCCGCCGCAGCGCUUCCUACGCCUUUGGCCACUUUGAAGUCCUCUCUGGCUGGUCGCCUCCCGGAUGGGCAUUCUGCAUUGGUCUGCUGCACGCCGCAUACGCCACCUCGGCCACAGGCAUGGUCGUCAGCAUGUGUGAGGAGGUUCAACGGCCGUCGGAGCAGGUCCCGAAGGCCUUGGUCGGCGCCCUCGUCCUCAACUGGGCCUGUGGCUUCAUCUUCUUGGUGCCCUUGAUGUUUAUCCUUCCCGACCUCGUCGCCGUCACCACCGAUCCGACCGGUCAGCCCCUUCCCGCCAUUCUUGCGCGCGCCAUUGGCAACCAGGGAGGCGCCUUUGCCUUGUGUGUGCCCAUCAUCAUCCUCGGCUUCUUCUGUGGAACUGGCUGCACGACGGCCGCCUCGCGCUGCACGUGGGCGUUUGCUCGUGAUGGUGCCAUUCCCGGUUCGCGUAAGCUCCAGUUUGACACGAUCAACAAGAAGCUCGAUGUGCCCUUGAACGCUAUGAUGCUCAGUAUGGCGGUGCAGUUGAUUCUCGGUGUCAUCUAUCUGGGCUCCAGUGCCGCCUUUAACGCCUUUAACGGAUCUGGUGUCAUUUUCUUGACCUUGAGUUAUGUGAUUCCCGUGGCCAUUUCUCUCAUGGGUGGACGCAAGUCUCUUGUGGGCGCACGAUAUAAUUUUGGCAUUCUUGGUGCUGUGUGUAAUGUGGUUGCCAUUGCAUGGACCUGCUUUGCCAUUCCUCUCUUUUCCAUGCCGAGCUACCUUCCGGUCACCGCCAGCGGCAUGAAUUACGGUUCCGCCGUCUUCGUGGCCGGUCUGGGCGUAGCAUUGGCGUGGUAUUACAUUUGGGGGCGGAAGAAUUACGCGGGACCUCGCGAUAGUGAUGCUUUGAAUGUAGGCGAGGUGACUCCUCAAAGCUCCUAUCCAUGAGGUUUUCAUCCAGCGUAUGUAGCAGAUAUACCAAUAGAUUUGUUUCUUUUCUCCUUGUC